CAUGCUGAAGGCUGCCAGAGCUGCUCCAUGCCUCAUAGACAUGGACCGCCUGUUGGCUCAGUCUAGAGGACUCUUAUUUGAUGAAGCCUUGGAUAUUAAAUGCAAAAUGUUCACCUAGCCAGGAAACUUUUUGACUGCAGCUGCGUUCGAAGCUGGGUCAGCACCUCUGGCAGCAGCGGUGGACUACAAUUUGAGCGUUCCUCAGAAAGAAUGUUUCUGUGGGCAGGAAGUAAAGCAACAGAUGGAAGAUCUGACCGCAGAUCCAUCUACCAGAAGAUUCGUGAAUAUGAGGUCCUGGACAGGAGGAAGACAGUGACAGCUCUGAGGGCAGGAGAGGACAGAGCCAUCCUGCUGGGCCUCAGCAUGGUCUUCUUCUCCAUCAUGAUGUACUUUGUUGUGGGAAUCACCAUCCUGCGCUCUUAUUCUGACAGCGUGUGGACCGAUGAGACAAGCUGCACUAUUGUCAACUCCACUAUCGUUUGGGAUGUGAACUGUUCAUACAGCUGUGGAACAGAGUGCUGGAAGAGGUCUCGCUACCCCUGUCUCCAGGUGUAUGUCAGCCUUAACUCAUCUGGAAAAGUGGUACGACUGUUCCAUAACGAGGAGACGCAGGACAACAACCCUGAGUGCUUCUACAUCCCAAAGUGCCGUAAGGACUACGCAGCCAUGCAGGUCUUGGUUCAGAACAUUUCUGAGCGUCUUCGGUCUCAGCACACACUUCAGUGUUUCGUGGACCGCACAGACAAAACAGACAGCGCCAUCCUGACACAAAUCUACAGUCAGAUCGCUGUCUUCCACUCGCUCUUCUGGCCCACCUGCACUUUGAUUGGAGGAAGCGUCAUCAUUGCCAUGGUGAAGCUGACUCAGUACCUGUCCGUCGUGUGCGAUAGACUGAGCCGCAUCAAGAGGUGAAGGGUUUCGAGGCUACAUAGACAAGGGGCAAUAAGCAGAGUCAUGGUGUCAAGACUGAAACACAAAAAAGCUGAGAUGUGGUUUGUCUGUGGCAGCUGACACGCUAUGACUCGAACAUUUUCUGACAAUCACAAAGAAGCGUUUCUCUUUGUUAUUAUGCUUGACUCCAGUGGAGCCUGUGGGUAAAUCACAGGAUUUUUACUUAUGUCACUUGUUACAUACAUAUUUAAGUGCCUGUUCUGCUUUAUAUGUCUAUUCGUUAAAUAUUUUAGCAAAUACUCUUAUUAGCCUUUUUGCUAAGAGCUGGAUGAGAAGGUCGCUGUAGUGCCAAAGCAACUGAAACAGCUACCCAAGUUUCAGAAAAGUGUAGAUUAACCCUCCUGCCGGUUGCUUUUUAAAUUUGUAAUUGUCUUUAUGCUAAGGAAACGUAACAGAUUGCCAUCUUAGCUUAAAAACUAGCAUACAGACAUAGCAUAGUCCCUAGUCAUGAGGGGUGUCCAAAUUCACAGGCUGCAUCCUCCUGAGGACCCAGCCUUCGCAGUCUACGUGGGCCGGGUCCUCCGAAGGCCGGAAGUGAGCGGCUGUGAAUUGGACGGUCUAGCCUUCAGUUUUGCGUCACUAGCUGUCUUGGUGGAGUUUAAUAAACUCGGCUGUCUUCUCCUUUCUAUCUAAAAUAUAACAGGACACUAGCGUGAAUUCUCGAUCAUCACACAUUUCUGUUUAAUCGGUUUUCCGUUUGACGUUUAUUCAGCUGUGUGAAAACUAUAACUUUAAUCAUAGCCAAACCAAUUUACUCAGGAACAAAUAAAACACUGAAAAAAGCCAAACAAUAACAUUUUAAAGUUAUCUAAGUGACUUAUAUAUCAUGUUUAACCUGAGUAGCGAAAGACCGCGGGGUUCUGAAAAUGAUGUGCUGGGAGUCUGGUGUUUUUCGCCGCUUUUUUUUUUUUAAAUAGUUUUUAAAAUAAUUGUUAGUAGUAUUUUUAAUGCGAACUGUUUCCUAUCUUUACCCUAGCAUAAGAAACUACUGGUUAUAGCUUCAUUGUUGGCAUAGGCUAAAAACAUAGUAGCAUUUUAUGUUAUUCAAAUUAUGUUAGUGAGAUUUAUUUUACCAAAAAGUCAAACUAUUUCCUUAAGAACAGAUUAGUUCUUAAACUUUAGCUUAGUAUCAAAUAUUUAUAUUUAAAUUAUUGUGGUUUCCAUAUACCAAAGGCUGAUAAUGCUUAACUGGUCUUGUCUCUUAGAAGUAGGUUUUUAAACUGACUGGAAAUCAUGUUGCAGAUCAUGCAGAUUUUGAGUCUGAUGUUCAUUUAUUCACAGCUGAGGAGUAACAAACAUGUCAGAAUUUCUGGGUUUGCAGCAUGUUUGUCUUUUAAAAAUCUACUUUUAGCAAACAAUCAAACCCUGACAAUCAUUUUUUUAAAACCACACUUAUGUAAAACUGAAUUCUUUCUGCACAAUAAGUCAGGUAUUUUGCAAGUUAUAUAGUCUCUCUGAGAGAUUGUUUUUUCCUUUUUCAUAUCAUGUUGAACUGAUUCAGCUAUACAGUGUUAAUUAAAGUGAGUUUUGAAAUGUGUUUUUAAUGAUUCUGUGGGAGUAAAGAUGAGAAAUGGUCGUUAAACUAAAAUAAACUGAAACCAGCUGGAAUUAAGAGGAAUGAUGGUAAACAGAAAGGUUAUUAUUUCCAUCAACCAUUAACCGAACAUUUUUUUAAUCUACUUUACAUCACCGAGCUUGCUUAUCAAAUACAGCACAUUAAUCUAACUCUUUUUGACUUUAAAGCAGAGGAUAAAUUGGUGGUAAUCCUUUACAGCCUCCUAAUUAGGACUGCUGGGCUUAAUAUUAGAGGAGUCACAGCUUCACAUGUUAUACUACAGACAACUUGGUUUUACAUUUUCUUUCUAACAUUUUGUUGCAUAAACAUGUACUACCAAAUAAACACAAGUUGCCUGUCAAAAAGAAGUGGUGACUGUUUAAUAAAGAUU